UGGAGAUUGAAAAACCCCUCUCUUUUCUCCAUUUUCUUGAAUGGAUAUUUUGGCUGUGGCUUUCUGUCUUUACAUCUAAAUUUUUUUCUCCUCAAAAAUGGAAGCUUUGAGCGUUUGGUCCUUAAAAGGGGACUUGUGGGUAUCCCCUCUUUUGGAAUUUGAUGUGGGUUAUUCCUGUAUUUCAAGAACAAAGAGAAAAUGGGUUGUUAGUCAUGCUGUACAUCAUAGAAGAAGUUGCCAUCAGCUAUUAGUUUCAAGCACUUUAGGGGAUUUUUGGUCCCGAUCUCAAAGUCGUUGGCAUUCAAAAUUUGAUGCUUCAUACGGGAUUUUCUCCAAUCACUCCAAACUGAAUUUUGUUCUCGUUUGUGAACCAACGAGAAGCUCGUCUGGUUCGUCUUUUCCCGUGGCUUGGGCAUUUGACCAACGAGCAAUUGGGGAGGAUAUCAGUGAAGAGUCUCCAAACACUAGUGAUAUUGUUGAGGGAAAAGAUGGUGGCGAACUUCCUACUGAAGAAGGAGAAGGAGGAGGCAGAGGAAGUUAUGAAAGUGAGAGAGAAGCAGUUGAAAGGAAGGACGCACGAAUUGAUGUUCGUGCAUUGGCGUGGAGCUUACAAGUUGCUAAAACCCCGGAAGAUAUAGAAGAUGUUCUUAAGGACUUCUCUGAACUGCCCCCUCCUGUCUAUUCGUCAAUGAUCAAAAGUUUUGGCAAAGAAAAGAGAUUAGAGCCUGCUAUGGCUCUUGUCGAAUGGCUUAAGAGAAAGAAGAAGGAGACCAAUGGUUUCACUGGCCCAAACCUUUUCAUAUAUAAUAGUUUAUUGGGUGCAGUGAAACAAUCUGAACAGUUUGGAGAAGUGGAGAAAGUCAUGGAAGAUAUGGCAGAGGAAGGUGUCUUUCCUAAUGUUGUUACUUACAACACUUUAAUGGCCAUUUAUUUAGAGCAAGGACGGUGUCUUGAGGCCCUUAAUGUUCUCAAAGAGAUUGAAGAGAAGGGUUUUUCUCCAUCUCCAGUGUCCUGUUCAACAGCUUUGCUGGUUUAUAGAAGAAUGGAAGAUGGGAGUGGAGCCCUUAAGUUUUUUGUUGAAUUAACAAAAAAAUACCAAAAGGGGGAGAUAGGAAAAGAUGGGGAUGAAGACUGGGAAACUGAGUUCAUUAAGCUUGAGAACUUUACCAUCCGUAUUUGCUACCAAGUGAUGCGGCGGUGGCUUGUGAAGGGAGAUGACUUGAGCAGCAGCAAUGUAUUGAAGCUUCUUACUGAAAUGGAUAAGGCUGGUCUGAGAUCUGGACAGGGUGAAUAUGAGCGCCUUGCUUGGGCAUGUACGCGUGAAGGUCAUUAUACUGUGGCAAAGGAAUUGUAUAAUAGGAUAAGAGAGAGGGAGUCUGAUAUUAGUUUAUCUGUUUGCAACCAUAUAAUAUGGUUGAUGGGCAAGGCUAAGAAAUGGUGGGCUGCUUUGGAGAUUUAUGAAGAUUUGUUAGAUAAGGGACCAAAUCCAAAUAACUUAUCACAAGAAUUAAUUGUUUCACACUUCAACUUUCUGCUCACUGCAGCUAGGAGAAAAGGUAUUUGGAGAUGGGGCAUUCAGUUGCUUAACAAGAUGGAAGAUAAAGGCCUAAAACCAGGAAGUCGGGAAUGGAAUUCUGUUCUUGUAGCAUGUUCCAAAGCAUCAGAAACUUCAGCUGCUGUGCAAAUAUUUAGAAGGAUGGUGGAGCAAGGUGAAAAGCCUACAAUUGUUUCAUAUGGGGCAUUGCUUAGUGCCCUUGAGAAAGGGAAACUCUAUGAUGACGCUCUUCGGGUAUGGAAACAUAUGAUUAAAGUGGGUAUUGAGCCGAAUUUGUAUGCGUACACAAUUAUGGCAUCAGUUUAUGCUGGUCAAGGAAGGUCUGAGAUGGUAGAUUCCAUCAUCCGAGAUAUGGUUUCAUCUGGUAUUGAACCGACAGUUGUUACUUUUAAUGCGAUUAUCACUGGGUGUGCAAGGAACAGCAUGGGAAGUACUGCAUUUGAAUGGUUCCACAGGAUGAAAGUUCAUAAUGUCUCACCAAAUGAGAUAACAUAUGAAAUGCUGAUCGAGGCUCUUGCAAAUGAUGCUAAGCCAAGACUUGCAUAUGAGCUGUAUUUGAGGGCUUACAUGGAGGGCUUACAGCUAUCUUCAAAAACUUAUGAUGCUGUCAUACAAUCCUCACGAGAUCACGGUGCGACUAUAGAUGAAAGCAUCCUAGGACCCCGUCCCGUGGAGAAGAAAAAAAAUUCAGCAGAAGUUAGCCGAAUUUUGUAACUUGGCAGAUAUCCCUAAUAGAGGUAAACCAUUUUGUAAAGAGGAACUUCAUGCUCAACAAACACAAGGAAGCCGAUAA